UCAAGCACCUGCAAAACUUUUCAUCAUCCACCCAGACCUCUAGGCUCUAGCUCUCGGAUCCCUUGUUCCACAUUGUCUAUUCGAUAUGAUUUUCAAACCUAGAACAUGAUCCAUGCAUACAAAUUCCUCAAUAAACAAUGUCAAAAUUGUCAGAUCAGAUCAUCUCUCAUAUGGCAGAGUUAGAUUACUUGUUUUACUUUAUCCCAACUCAUGGUUCGAGGAAUUAGAUUCGUCAUCCUCGAUCCGAUCAAUGCCCGUUCUGAUGAUUUCAGAGCAGCGACGAAGAACCUGUAAAACGUCCUUUUCUCCUCGAAUUCAUAUUUCCGGGGAUGGAAAGCUUUGGUGUCGUCAUGAUGUGGCCCUCUUCGUCCUACCUGGUGGAAGAGCUCAACAAGAGAUUCAAGCUUUUCAGAUGCUGGAAAGUCCCUAACAAGGAGGAGUUUCUCAGAGAAAAUUCGAACUCCAUUUCAGCUCUAGUUGGCUGCCCCGUAGCUAAUGCUGACUCGGAGACGAUCGAUAUGUUGCCGAAAUUGGAGAUCGUUGCCAGUCACAGUGUUGGCUUGGAUAGCAUCGAUUUGGUCAAGUGCAAGGAGAAGGGUAUUAGGGUUACCAACACUCCUGAUGUGCUCACUGAAGACGUCGCUGAUUUAGCGAUUGGAUUGAUCAUAGCCACGUUGAGGAAGAUUUGCGUGUCUGAUCGUUAUGUAAGGAGCGGGUUGUGGACCAAAGGGGAUUACAAAUUAACCACUAAGUUCAGUGGAAAAUCAGUUGGCAUUUUGGGGAUGGGAAGGAUUGGUUCUGCAGUUGCAAAAAGAGCUGAAGCAUUUGGCUGCCCGAUCAGUUACUGCUCCAGAUCAGAGAAACCAAAUUUGAAGUACAAGUACUAUCAGAGUGUUUUGGAACUGGCAAAGAACUGUCAAAUACUUGUGAUUGUUUGCCCUUUGACAAAAGAAACAUACCAUAUAAUCAACCGUGAAGUGAUUGAAGCUGUGGGUCCGAAAGGCAUUAUCGUGAACAUCGGUCGUGGCCCUCACAUUGAUGAACCAGAGCUUGUAUCUGCACUGGUCGAAGGCCGGCUGGGUGGGGCUGGGCUCGAUGUAUUCGAAAAUGAGCCUUACAUACCCGAGCAAUUGUUUGGACUCGACAAUGUGGUGGUCUUGCCUCAUGUGGGAACUGGAACAUGGGAAACCCGCAAGGAUAUGGCAGAUCUUGUGAUUGGAAACUUGGAAGCCUACUUUCUGAAGAAGCCGCUGUUAUCCCCUGUGGUUUGAUCAUGAGUACUGGGUGAUUUGAAUAAAUGAUUGAUUGAAAUUUGGGGUUGCAGCCUGUGUUUCCUUUGAAGAACUCUGAAUAUUCUGUAGAUGUUUCCUUUUAAAAAAAAAAACAAAAGGAGCAAUCCAGUGCACGAAGCUCCUGCUACUGCAAGGUCUGGGAGGGGCAAUUGUGUACGCAGUCUUACCCCUGCUUCGCAGAAGAGGCCGUUUCCUUUAACAUUGUUAUAAAAAUCUGGUGAACAUAUUCUAUUGAAACUAAGCAGUGAAUUCUGUCAA